GGAUCUCCAUAGACAUGUCAGGACAAGGACCUCCACCAAGUAUGACGCCGCAGCAACAACAUAUGUUAAUGCAGCAGCAACAGCAGCAACAAAUGAUGCGGCAGCAACAAAUGCAGCAACAACAAAUGCAGCAGCAACGUCAACAGCAAAUACAACAACAGGCUCAACAGCCAUACCAACGAGCUCGAACUCCACAAAUGGUACCACAAGGAGGCUCGCCGGGAGGUGCUCAUCUCCAAAUGCAUCCUCAUCUUCAACCACAAGGACAAAUGCAACCGAGAAGCCCUCUAGUUGGAGCACAGCUUCAGGCUCCCUCGUCGGUGCCCACUGCCGCAAAUCCGACCACUCCACAGAUGAUGCAACAGCAAAUGGGCAUGAAUCAACCAAUGUCUCUUCCGCCAACACACGUCUCACGUCCAGGCUCAGUUGCUCCGCCGUCGUCGGUUCCCGUCAAUUUACAACACACAUCUGGUGCACCCGGGCUCCCGGGCUCACAAAUGGAGCAUCAGUACCCAAUGCAUUUGCAGCCACAACAGCAGACAUUAUCAAGGCCGGGGUCUCAGCAAAGUCAACAUAUUCAACAACCCGGAAGCAUUCAAAGACCUGGAUCGGUUCUAGCUCCAGGUUCAAUACCUCCCGGCGGGCCAGCUUCCCAAACAGGACCCCAAUCGAUUCAAGUCUUCGGACCCGGCUCCGUGCAGCCACCAGGCUCAACACAGGCUCCGUCCUCAGUCCAACCGGCUUCCACAUUCAAUCCAGGCUCGAUUCAGGCUCCGGCAAGCCAGCAGCCGCCUGCAUCAGUUCAACCACCGCCAUCUGCAGCGUCGGGCUCAACUGUGGCCGGUGCGCAGAGCUCCAAAGAGCCGCUGAAACCGAAUGAGGAGCAAAUUCGAAUGGUUCAGGAUCCUGUGGAUUUGGUUCGAAAUUUGGUGCAAAAGGAUCUCAGAAAUUCGUUGGUGGAAAUGAACAAACGCGGUGCGGAGCUUGUGCGUCAGAAACAAGAAGGAGAAGUGAACGAGGAUGGAAAAGCUCAGUACAGCAGAGCCACGAACGAUUUUCAUGCGGUUUGCGAUGAAAUUGACCGUACUUUGACGACAGUAUUGGAGACAGCGAAACAAUUGAGCAAACUUGACAAAGUGUUCUUUGAUCGGAGCUCUCGAGAUCUCGACGGGGAGGUUAUGGUCAAUUCUGUGCAGAAUUUUGUGGAUAAUACUGAAAUUGUACAAAGAAUGUUCGACGACACAAUUGGAAGUGUGACGUCUUCAAUGGAAAGUAUGCGAAGACGACAGAAGAAAUGGGAGGAUCAACACAAAAAUGAUGACGUCGAAAUGAUGGAGUAAAUAUUAGUUAUUUAAUGAUUGUUCUAUUGUUCUCAAAUACAAAAAAGCGUUACAUUUCUGUAAAAUAAAAAAGAUAAUUUGCAUCUAUUUCAGAAAAUCAUUUUCUCAAUGUUAAAUCUUAUUUUUCUUAAUUUCUUGUGUGUUUUCAUCGCUCAAUUAUCGUUUUUCUCUGAGAAUUGAUUUUCCAAUGUAAAAUGAGAGAUCUUCUUGUUUAAAAAUAAUAAUAAAAA